GGAGAAGACGAGACGAGACGAGACGAGAAGAGAGAGGAGUAAGUGUAGGCGUAGGUGGGGGUGGAAGAGGAGAGUCGGAAGCAGCCGGGGGUUGCCGUGGCGUUAUCGACCGGACUGGUGGUCGGUACGAAAGCAGGCGUCGGCGCUGUAGAUGCCCCGGCUUCCUCGAGUGCCGGACCAUCCUCCUCCAUCGCCACUUCCACCACCAGCAUCACCAUCGGCAUCAGCAUCGGCAUCAGCAGCAGCAGCAGCAGCAGCAGCAGCAGCAACGGCGGCGGCGGCAACGGCGGCAACGGUGGCGGCGGCGGCGGCGGCGGCGGCGGCGGCACCACCACCACCACCACCUCCAUUGCCACCUUCACGGGGGUCGUACGACGGCUCCUCGCGCGGCAGUAGAGCCCGGGACAGAAAGCCAAUCGCGCGCACCCUUGCUGCGGCUCGUCUCCCUGCUCGAGGUGGUUGUAUUUUCUAUCACACACGUCCAUCGCAGCUUUCUCCCGCGAAAGUGAGAUGACGCGUUAGAAUCGAUCAUCGAUUAAAAUGAUCGUAAUAGUGCCGGUGGUGCUGGCAGGUGUUCUCGAUGGUGAUGUGUCCGAAAAGACUCGUCUCGAAGAGAAAAAAAAGCUUCUUGACACGCACGAGUGCGAUGUGAAACUGGAAUAGAACGUGUGAUCGAGCGCGAGGACUUUUUCGUCGUGUCCUCGAAGGGAUAGGCAUCCCUAUUGCAUCGCGAGAUCCUAAAUCAUGUCGUAACACGCUCGAGGAUCUCAUUCAGCGGCUCGAUGCUGAAAGAAGGAUCGUAGCAAUCGGAUGGAAAACAUCCGAUACCGAAAGACGAUCCUGAUGCGCGGUGGUCUCUUCGAUAGAAGAAGAUAAAAGGAAUUCGUAGGUCUCUCGAUGAUCCUCCCAUUUGGAGGGAUUGUUCGUGGAGGGACCGGAGGAAAAGAAAAUUAAACGGGGAAGUUUCAAGAAGUAGGAGGAAGAGGAAGCGGAGGAGGAGGAGGACGACUUCCGAGCUCCGCGACCGCUCGCGGAGGAUCGUCGUCGUCCUAGACGUACGAGCAGGUACGCCCUUGAGAAUGGAAGUGAGGAUUCGCGCGGAUAGGAUCAGCGUGGUAGCAGAACCGAGCGGCGGAUAUCGAGAAUACGAGGAGAGUGCCCGAGUUGUGGAAGAGAGGAAAAAGCUGGAGGAGACGGAGGAGGAGGGGGAGGAGGAGGAGGAGGUCAGCGAGGUACGAGGAGGAGAAGGAGGAAGAGGGUGGGAAGGGCCCCACAGAUGCGGGGCCCGGCGCGGCGGCGAGUCCGCGGCGGCGUGACGCGAUGCGGACGUCCUCCUCCUCGUUUCCGAGGAAGAGGAAGACGAGAGAGGAGCCCGAGUCGGGGACUGGAAGAGAGUCGUUCCGCGAAACGCUCGAGUCGCGAAUCCCAAAGGAUCUCCUCGAGUUCGAGGAUAAGGAAGCUCUUCGGCAAAGUUCCCGAAGGAAAAACGCAGGUACUAGUCGCAGAUUGCCGACGGCCUUGCUAUUCGCGCUCGUCGGUACUUUGCUCCUUGCCGGUCAAUGUCGAGAAAGUCUCGCGGACGCUUUGGCGGCCAAUCAAAAGUACAGUACUCGUACGGUCACGACGAGAUACGGGACCCUUCGAGGAGUCGUCGCGAGAUCGUCGCCGAACGUCGAGACCUAUUACGGCGUGCCUUACGCGACACCGCCGCUCGGAGCUCUACGAUAUAUGCCACCCGUCACUCCGACGCCCUGGCGUGGCACCAAGUUCGCCGACACCCUACCACCGGCUUGCCCUCAGAAUCCCCCGGAACCGGACGAGAGCCUACCGAAAACCAGGCGUGCCUAUCUUCAGAGGAUAGCGCCUCUCUUGGCCAAUCGGAGCGAAGACUGUCUCUAUCUCAACCUUUAUGUUCCCAAACCCUUGCACGGUAGUACUACGGAUUUGCUGCCAGCGCUUCUCCUCAUUCACGGUGAUUCCUAUUCGUGGGGUGCCGGAAAUUCGUUCGAUGGAACCUCUCUGGCCGCUCACGGACGUCUAAUCGUCGUUUCCAUCAAUUUUCGCAUCGGCGUGCUCGGAUUCCUAAAGACCGGAUCGAAAGGAAACGCUCAAGGAAAUUACGGACUGAUGGAUUUGGUGGCGGGACUUCAUUGGUUACGCGAGAACAUCGAAGCUUUCGGUGGCGAUUCGAGAAGAUUGGCACUACUUGGUCACGGUACCGGAGCAGCACUGGCCAAUUUUUUAGCCGUCUCACCGAUGGCCAAAGAGUUGGUCGAGAGAGUGAUACUGCUCGGUGGUUCGGCCCUUUCACCGUGGGCGAUUCAACGCGAUCCGCUUACGGUGAAACAUCUAGUCGCCGAACAAACCGGCUGUCCCGCCGACGACGAAGUCGACGACAUCGCACCGUGCCUUCGUUUGCGAAGCCUCAAUGAUCUUCUCAACGUCAAGUUCGAUCCGCCAAGAUUUACUUCCGGUUUCGCGCCUUUCGUCGACGGAGCCGUCCUGCCGCAACCGAUAAAUCAGAACUUUCAGCCCACUGCCUCUUCCGCGGGAUUGAUGCCCCUCGUGCCAGGACCCGGCGCGGAAUUUGCCAAUUUCGGCAAUCGGGAUCUCUUACUCGGUUUAACGUCCGACGAAGCUUGGGUUAAUCUUACCGACGAGGAUCUACAGAACGGGCUAAACGAGACCAGGAGGGAUCGCAUCCUUCGCACCUACGUGCGAAAUACUUAUCGUUAUCACCUGCACGAGAUCUACUCGACCCUACGCAACGAGUACACAGAUUGGGAGAGAGGAGAGCAAAACGCCUCGGCUAUUUGCGAGGGUCUUUUGUCGCUUCUCGGGGACGGUCAAGUUGCAGCGCCUCUCCUCAGAUUGGCCCUUCUUCAUUCUACUUCCGGUGGACGCGGAUACUUUUUACACUUUCAACCGGGCGAUCGACCUAGUCAAAAAGGCGAGGAACUUCCCUAUCUCAUGGGUAUACCUCUUCUUCGAGGAGAUUUCAGCUUGUAUUCCUUGGCCAACUAUACUCUCGCCGACGAGAACCUGUCCAGGCUACUCGUACACUACUUGGCCAACUUUGUAAGACGCGGAGAUCCAAACCGAGCGAGUUCUUUGACGUCCGGUACGGAGAGUGGCCUGACUAGUCCACCCUUUUGGGAAUCGUACGACUCGAUAAAUCAGCUUUAUUUGGAGGCAGGCCAUGUGACGAAGCUGCGCUCGCACUACAGAGGUCAUAAGAUGUCACUUUGGUUGAAUCUGUUGCCGCAGCUGCACCGGCCCGGUUACGAGAUCAGCAUGCGUCAUCAUCAUCUGGCGGACAGUUCGAAUUUGUACGAGGGCGCGGUACGUCCGCAGAGUACGGCCCUGCCUUUGCCAGCGCCACCAUUGCCUAUGCCCUCGCCAACCGAGCCUUCCUCGGUGUCGUCGCACACGUCGACAUCGACGACCGAAUGCACGCCCAACGCGACCGCAACCACGAUAGCGAGUACUUCGAAGACACAGUCGCAGCACUCGAAUCUUGGCCCGGGACCCAACAAUCUCCUUCGAAAGUUAACUUCGAGUUAUUAUCAGAGCUACACAACCGCCCUCACCGUAACCAUCGCCGUUGGGAUAUUUCUCUUGCUCCUAAACAUCAUCAUCUUCGCGGGUAUAUAUCAUCAGCGCGACAGAAACGCGUCUGGUAAUUCCGGUCUCUCGGCUUUCGGCGACAAGAAGAAGGAGGAACUAUUGGAGGCUGGUUGUUCCGGUAUCGAGAUCGGCGGUCCACCUGGAAAACAAAGAUUGUCCUCGAUGAAUCUGAUCGAUUCUCCAGGAACGAGUCCUCAAGGACACAAGGCCAAGCUCGUACAAGAGUUGGAGCUUCAGCUUCAAGAAUUUCAAUGUUCUCCGCCACCGGGCGGCGGGAAGAGGGUCCUCGAGCCACCGUCCUACAGUAGAAAUCCAUGCGUACAGAGAACACGAACACCCUCGCCGUGCAUCGACGCUACCAUCGCCAGGAUGCAGGACGACGACAAUAUGAUAGACGGUGUCCUCGACAGCGACGACGACGAUGAUGAUGACGACGAUGACGAUGAGGACGACGACGACGACGAUAACGAGGAACUUCCGGAACCACCGCCACCUCCCAAGGUUCCAGCUCCCAACGUCGGUCUCACCUGUCCUGGUAUUCUUCGUCAACCUGGAACACCCGGUAGCGCUAAGAAACGCGUGCAGAUUCAAGAGAUAUCGGUUUGACACGCUCCAAUCGGGCGAUAUUAGAAACAAUUGAAAAGUUCGAUCUACUUGACGCGGGGCUUUUUAAAGAAUUUCUUUCUUUGAUAUAGUGCGCUACGAAAGUGUUCAGUAGUUAAUUAUACGUUCCGAGAGCGAAAAGGAGAGCUUACGCUAACAAUAAGUAUUUACAAGGAAAGGGACAAGAAUCGAGAGAACUCGACAAAUUUCUCCUACCUAAAGAGAAAGAAUUUUAUCGUCUAGUCAAAGAUAACGUCUCCCGAGAGAGAUUAAGUAGACGUUCUCAAGGAUUUUAAAGAUAGCUACUAGCACCCGGAAAAUUUCGUCUUCCGAUGAGUUUUCUCUCUCCCCUUUCUUCUCCCUCCCUCCCUCUCUCUCUCUCUCUCUCUCUCUCUCUCUCUCUCGGGUCGCGUUAUCGUGGCAGUCAUUGCUGCGACGCGUUAGGGAUUGAUACGGUCUCAGGAAGACAGAGAGACUACGCGGACACGUUUCCUCGAUGUUCGCUCAUCCGGAUUUGUCAUAGCACUAAGUGGAAUUAUUCGAGGAAUUGGAAGCUACGAGCCUCGACUUUAGGUUUGUACCGUGAUACGAUAUAUAUGUAUAUAUAUAUAUCGUAAAUACACACACGCGCGCGCGCGCGCGCGCGCACACGUAUACACACACACACACACACACACACACACACACACACACACACACAUGUAUCGAAAAAUAUGAAAAGAAAUCGUACGGGAUCGUUUAUCUGGGCGCGAACGUGAAUUUGUACGAAUCCGAUAUCGCAAAAUCCUUUAAAUUCCUCAAUUGUCCAAUUCUCGACGUAUGUAUCGUGUCAGCGAAUUGUGAUGUAGUUUACGAGUGUGAUUGCGAGAAGCCACGAAGAAAACGAUAGAAAGUAAGAGUGAAAAGGAAAAACAAUAAUCAUAUAAGGAAGAGGAAGUUGAUGAAAUAAAAUUGUAUAAAUUAUAUGCACUAUUGGAAAUACGAUGUCGAUCUCGAUGACGAUGCUUGAAAAAAGCAAAGAGAGCGUCCGGGUCCAUCCUAGUAUACUUCUUUUCUUUUUUUCUUUUUUACUGGGGGAGGAGGGAGGUGCUUACUCCGAAUGUACUCCGUUUCCGGUAUUUAAUGGACCGCUUUGCGUUUUACGAAUCCUUUGUGAAUGAUUUUAUAUGGCGAUCGAAAAUAAUAUUGUGAAUUUUUUUCGAUCGAAACGCUUCCAUAACGCGAGUUACAACGCGUCGCUUACGAUCUAUAAUAACGAUCUGUAAAACGACCAUGGGAUUGGAGACGCGAAAGGAAUAGAGAAUGCAAUAGAAAAAAGGGAAAAUACAACAACGAGAAAAUGAAUACGCGAAAAGACGCACAACGCACCAAGAAGUACCAAAAAUCGGACGAGAGAAGUCUUCUCCUCGUUCUUCCCUCGAGUGACUGCCGUAAAAAUGACAUAUAAGCCUAUAAUAAUAUAGAGAUUAAAAGAGAAGGAACAAGAAGACGUUAUGAAUAAAAGAUCGUUGUAAGCACACCCCCUUCUUUUAAUGUUUAAGAGAAACUUGGUAAAAAUUGGAGAGGAAAAUAAAAACCCGUGCGUGGGGCCAUACGUUAAAUGACGUGAGCUAAUUGAUUAUUAAAACUUAGCUUAUAGUCCAAGGGACACUCGGCCGUCGUAAAUAAGAGAUAGGAUGAAAGAAAAAAGAAGAAAAAAGAAAAUAAAGAAAAAGAAACAAAAAAAAAAAAAAAAAAAGAAAAAGUUCUUUGUAAUCCGAAUGUCGAUCGCGUACGCCUUGCGUAAGCCUAACAUGAAUGAAACAAAGAAAAGGAAAAACGUAAAAAUAAUCUAUAAUAAAAUAUUGCAAGGGAUAAUAAUAAUCGAUUGACAGCGGCGCGCUCAUUUUUCCCUCGCGUAAAAAAUAAUAAAUAAUUCGAAGUAAAUUCAUUUCGAUUCGAUCGAAAAGAAACUAACGAAGAAUGGACGUGCAAAUAUUCGAUUUUGUACGCGUACACAGGAUUCAAAAAUAAAAAGAAAUGGGAGGAACACACACUCAUAUACAUCUAUCAAUGUUUGGAAUGUUGGGAUUUGUUUAAAUAAAUACUUGAAGCAUUUAAAACGUGA